AUGAUUCUGGAGCUACUGUUGAAGCUGAUGGACGAGUCCAUGAUCGAGUACUGCAGUGCGUCUUUCCAGGAGGAGCUGCACGAGCUCUGGGCCAAAACCGUAGGUGCUGCCGCGAAGCAGGCAGCAAGACAAGAGCUGCUGGUGAAGUAUUUGUGCCCACUUGUGACGAGGUAUGGAUUCGACCCGACGUGGGACGGAGUAGUGCAGAGCCAGCAAAGUGCAGGUCCUUGGGUAGCGGAUGAGGAGGUCAUUGCCAAGUACAAGCUCCAGAAGUGGCUUCUCGACCCCGGGCUUCAGGCGAGAAAGUUGCCUGGGAUGCACGAGAAGCCGUUGCACACGGCCAUCCGAGAGCUCUGCGAGGAGAUCGAAAGAAAGAGUGGCAGACCCUCCUUGGCCGCUCCGUUAUGCAGUGCUCGGCACGGAACCCCGGCAAUCCAGCUGAAGGAGGUGCCAGUGCCCUGGGCACGGGUCUUCGCACCCUUGGUCUGCGCAGUGAUCCCGGGCGUUCUCUCCAGCGAGGAGGUCCAGGCACUGAAGUCUUGGGGGAUGUCGCGGAGGGAUUGGUCUUUGGCAAACGGGCAUUUCAUCAGCCAGUUCGAGGAUGGAGUUCUUGCCUACAAGCUUUGGAGUCGAGUGUGCCAUCUUGUCCCAUCUUUCAAGGGCCUCGGUGCAGUAGGCCUGAAUCAGCACAUGCGUUUCCUGAAGUACGGGAAGGGCCACUACUUUGCACCGCACCAAGAUGGUGAGAAUCGACACGGCCCGGCACGAUCUCUACUUUCGGCGCUGGUGUACCUUUCUGGGAUGGAUAGAAGUGAGAACGGCGGUGGAACCCGAUUCAUUUCUCCCGAGUGCCCGGAAGUUGCGACUUUCGGACGAUGUGACCGUGGCUGUGAUCGCUGUGUGGAUGCUCCUGUAACUGCCGGAUCUAUGCUGCUCUUCGCACAAAGCGUGAUCCAUGCCGGCACUGAGCCCAAAGCCUCCGAGAAGUUUGUGAUCCGGACGGAUGUCAUGUACCCGUUGGCGCAGACUUGA